CAUCAAGCACCAAAAUGUUCCUAUCAAUCUUCCCAUUUAUAUAUUUCUUCACCACAAUCUCCUCUACCACAACCAAAAAAAUAACCACUUUAAUCUCCUUCCUCUCUAGGGGCAAAGAAAAAAAAAGGCAAUUUAAUACAAUGACUAUUCAGAAAAUUAUCACCCUUGUGUUAUUUUUUCUUACCUUGUCCACUUUUGUUCAAGGUGACCAAUCUCAGUUCUUUGCACUAAUGAAGAAGUUUGUCACAGGGAAUUCUUUGUCUAAUUGGGAUAUUGGAAAACCAAUUUGUCAAUAUAAAGGAAUUGGCUGUGAUGAACAGGGGAAUGUUAUCAAAAUUAAUGUGUCAAGUUGGUCUUUAUCAGGCCAAUUUCCUAGUGAUGUGUGUAGUUAUUUGCCAAGAUUGAAAAGUCUUCAUCUUGGUCACAACAAUUUCCAAGGUGGUUUUCCUAGGUACAUCACUAAUUGUUCUUUUUUGGAAGAAUUGAACAUGACUAAAACAUCACUUACAGGACAAAUUCCUGACUUGUCACCGUUGUUAUCUUUGAAACUACUUGAUCUUUCAAGUAAUCUAUUGACAGGGGAUUUUCCUUUGUCAAUUAUUAAUCUCACCAACUUAGUCAUCCUGAAUUUCAACGAAAAUCGUCAUUUCAAUCCGUGGCGAUUGCCAGAAGACAUUUCCAGGCUUACAAAACUAAAGUGGAUGAUUUUGACAGCCUGCAAUAUGCAUGGGACAAUUCCAGUAUCAAUAAGUAACAUGACAUCUCUUGUUGAUCUUGAAUUGAGCGGAAAUCGCCUUGUUGGUAAGGUGCCUAAAGAAUUCGGGAAGCUAAAGAAUUUGAAACUCCUUGAGCUUUUUUACAACUUACUGGAUGGUGAAAUCCCCGCGGAGCUUGGGAACCUGACACAACUUGUGGACUUAGAUAUGUCAGCCAACAAUUUCACAGGGAAAAUUCCAGAGUCUAUAAGCCGCCUUCCUAAGCUGGAAGUGUUGCAGCUUUACCAUAACGCGCUUUCAGGAGAGUUUCCAGCAGAACUUGCUAAUUCAACAACCUUAACCAUCCUGUCUCUUUAUGACAAUCUCUUUACAGGACAAGUACCACAAAACUUUGGCCUUUCAUCAGCUUUGUUGGCAUUGGACUUGUCAGAGAAUCAAUUUUCUGGAAAGCUACCGCCUUUUCUGUGUAGUGGAGGUAAAUUGAGUUAUAUUCUUUUACUUCAAAACAUGUUCUCAGGUGAACUGCCUGAUGGCUAUGUGAAAUGUCAGUCUGUUCUUCGCUUUCGAGUGAAUUACAAUCAGUUGGAGGGAAGAAUACCACAGGAGCUUUUUACUCUUCCACAUGUUUCAAUUAUUGAUUUGAGCUAUAACCAUUUCAGUGGUCCAAUUCCAACAACAAUUGGAAGUGCUAAGAAUUUAUCAGAAUUGUUUAUGCAAAGUAACAAGCUUUCAGGUUUGCUUCCUUAUGAAAUCUCUGGAUCUUCUAAUCUUGUGAAGCUUGAUCUUAGCAAUAACCUCUUGUAUGGUCCAAUUCCUUCUCAAGUUGGUUACUUAAAAAGCCUCAAUUUGUUACUCUUGCAAGGUAACAAAUUCAAUUCUUCCAUCCCCGAGUCACUUUCUUCGCUUAAAUCUCUGAAUUAUCUUGACCUGUCUAGCAAUCUUUUGAUAGGAAAGAUCCCUGAAAGCCUUGGUGAAUUGUUACCAAAUUCCAUGAACUUGUCAAGCAACUUACUUUCCGGUCCUAUACCUCUUUUGUUCAUAAAGGGGGGUGUUUUGGAAAGUUUUUCAGGCAACCCGGGACUUUGUGUCCCUACCUCUCUGAACACAUCAGACACAAGUUUUCAAACAUGUUCACAUAGUUAUAACCAUAAGAAGAGAAACAACAUUGUUUGGGUUAUUGGGACAUCGGUGGGGAUAGUUAUUGUCGGAGUAGUCUUGUUUCUCAAACGAUGGUUUGGUAACAAAAAGGCGGUGAUGGAACAGGAUGAUCAUUCAUUGUCAUCAUCAUUUUUCUCCUAUGAUGUUAAGAGCUUCCAUCGAUUGAGUUUUGAUCAACGUGAAAUCUUUGAAGCUAUGGUUGAGAAGAACAUUGUUGGAUAUGGAGGGUCUGGAGCUGUCUAUAAGAUCGAGUUGAGCAACGGAGGAGUAGUUGCUGCAAAGAAGCUGUGGAGUCACAAACAUAAGCAUUCUGUUUCUGAGGAUCAAUUGGUUUUGGAUAAGGAACUUAAGACAGAAGUUGAGACUCUUGGUAACAUAAGGCACAAAAACAUUGUGAAAUUGUACUGUUAUUUCUCAAGUUUGGAUUGUAGCUUGUUGGUUUAUGAAUACAUGCUUAAUGGUAACCUUUGGCAUGCUCUUCAUGGUGGGAAAUUCGUGUUGGAUUGGCCUAUUCGUCAUCAAAUUGCACUCGGUAUAGCACAAGGAUUGGCCUAUCUUCACCAUGAUCUUAUGCCACCAAUUAUUCACAGAGAUAUCAAAUCCACCAACAUCCUCCUGGAUAUUGAUUAUCAGCCAAAAGUGGCCGAUUUUGGCAUCGCCAAAGUGUUGCAAGCUAGAGGAGGCAAGGAUUCCAGCACCACGGUCAUCGCAGGAACUUAUGGUUACUUGGCACCAGAGUAUGCAUAUUCUUCAAAGGCAACAACAAAGUGUGAUGUGUAUAGUUUUGGAGUUGUACUAAUGGAAUUGAUUACUGGAAAGAAGCCAGUGGAGCCAGAAUUUGGAGACAACAAGAACAUUGUUUAUUGGGUAUCAACAAAAGUGGAGACUAAAGAAGGUGCAUUUGAAGUGUUGGAUAAAAAAGUCUCAGAUUCUUUCAAGGAGGACAUGAUUAAGGUUCUACGUAUAGCUAUACGUUGUACGUAUAGUACACCAACACUUCGUCCUACCAUGAACGAAGUCGUUCAGCUGCUAAUCGAGGCAGAUCCUUGCAAAUUCAAUUGUUGCAACAUGUCAAAUAAGAAGAAUGACACAAAAGAAGUGAUCAAUAAGACACCAAAGAGCAUAUAUGAAUUGUGAAUAUUAGUAUAUCAAAUUAGUAUAAAGGUAUAUAAAAUAUAUGAGUACUGAGAUAUUACACCCCCAAGAGAAUCACUCUUUAUGUUUUCUAAUAAAUGGUACUCUAUUAGUAUAUAGAUUCUCCAAUUAGUGUUACUUUGCACUUAUUAUUUUUGGCCUGUUGUAAGUAUUUGGGAAUUUUAUGAUAUACAACAGCUUUAUUGUAACGCAUAGAAUAUUUGUAUUAUGGAGUUCUUGUUGGAUAUCCUA